AUGGGCUCAGUAGCCGAGGAACGAAGAAAGCAAGAGAUCGAUACAUCAGAGGUCCAGGAAGAGUACACUCCAUACCGGCCCGACAAGGGCUAUGGCUGGGGUGAGGCUUUGCCCGAGAAGCAAGGCCUGUACGACCCUAGCCUCGAGAAAGAUGCCUGCGGUGUAGGCUUUGCUGCCAAUAUCAAGGGCAAGGCAAGCCACAAGAUCAUCAGCGAUGCACGAAACCUCCUGUGUAACAUGACCCAUCGGGGUGCCGUGGGUUCAGAUGCACGAGAUGGCGACGGUGCCGGUGUCAUGACAUCCAUCCCCCACAAAUUCUUCGUCAAGAACUUUGCCCGCGAGGUCGGAGUAGAGCUACCUCCUCUAGGCCAAUAUGCAGCUGGAAACCUCUUUUUCAAGCCCGACACUGAGAUGCUGAAACAUGCCACCCUCAGCUUCGAAGAGGCCGCACAGUCUCUGGGUUUGCGCACUCUGGGCUGGCGGGAGGUCCCCCGAGACUCUACCCUGCUCGGUCCCGCUGCGCUGUCGCGCGAGCCCAUCAUCCUCCAACCCUUCGUCGUCCUGGCGUCCGCGUACGGCACUGGCAACAAACCUGAAGUCACCGAUCCUGAGCAGUUUGACGACGUUGAGUUCGAGCGAAGGCUUUACAUCCUAAGAAAGACUGUCUCGCAUGAUCCGCGGUGGAAACCCUGGUUCUAUGUCUGCUCUCUGAGCAACAGAAACAUCGUCUACAAGGGACAGCUGGCUCCGGUCCAGGUAUACCAAUACUUCCACGACCUUGUUUCGGUGGACUAUGAAGGUCACUUUGCUCUGGUCCAUUCUCGUUUUUCUACCAACACAUUUCCCUCUUGGGACCGAUCACAGCCGCUCCGAUGGCUGGCUCACAAUGGUGAGAUCAAUACGCUCAGAGGUAACAAGAACUGGAUGAGAGCGCGGGAGGGCGUCUUGAAGUCCGAUUUAUUCGGCGAGGAGCUAGAGAAGCUCUUCCCCAUUGUCGAGGAUGGAGGAUCCGAUUCCGCUGCAUUUGACAAUGUCUUGGAGCUCUUGGUAAUGAACAGAGUGCUUUCUCUGCCCGAGGCCGUCAUGAUGAUGGUUCCCGAGGCGUGGCAGGGUAACUCGGCCAUCGACCCCGCCAAAGCGGCAUUCUACGAAUACGCUGCUUGUUUGAUGGAACCGUGGGAUGGCCCUGCUCUAUUUACGUUCUCGGACGGCAGGUACUGUGGUGCCAACUUGGAUCGAAAUGGCCUCAGACCCUGCCGCUACUACGUGACGGACGACGAUAGGAUCAUCUGUGCUUCAGAAGUUGGCACAAUUGCCAUCGAGCCAGAACGAGUUGUCAUCAAGGGUCGGUUGCAACCAGGAAAAAUGCUUUUGGUCGACACCGAGGCUGGCCGGAUUAUUGAUGAUGCUGAGCUCAAAGCCACCGUUGCAAAUAGACAGCCUUUCCAACAAUGGCUUAACAAGAACUUGAUGAAGAUGCCUCAGGUGUAUGAGGCGGUCGCCAAGGAGGUCGACUUGAGUUUCAAGCUCACAGAGUACACCAUCCAAGAAGAUCCCAGACUGCGGGCCUUUGGCUAUUCGUUCGAGCAGGUCAGUUUGCUGCUUGGACCUAUGGCCGCUGAUUCGAAGGAAGCCCUCGGCUCAAUGGGCAAUGAUGCGCCGCUCGCAUGCCUUGCACAGCAACCCCGACUCCUGUAUGAGUACUUCAGACAACUCUUCGCCCAGGUGACAAAUCCCCCGAUAGAUCCUAUUCGGGAAGCAAUCGUCAUGUCUCUUGAGUGUUAUGUGGGGCCUCAAGGCAAUCUCCUGGAGAUGGAUGAAACCCAGUGUGGCCGUCUGUUGCUUCCUUCGCCAAUUCUCGAGACCGAGACGUUCAACGCCAUCAAGAACAUUGAUCGAUACAACCCAGAUUGGACUGUGAGAACAAUUGACAUCACUUUUGAUAAGUGGUCGGGUGUAGAUGGCUACAUGAAGGCCCUGGACGACAUCUGUGACGAAGCGACGAAGGCGGUUGACGAAGGCGACAAGGUCAUCAUUCUGUCGGAUCGAGCAACAUCUGAAGACAGAGUGCCCGUGUCGGCGCUUCUCGCCACUGGACUGGUGCACCAUCACCUGGUUCGAAACAAGUGGAGAUCUCGCGCGGCUGUGAUCGUCGAAACAGCAGAGGCAAGAGAGGUGCACCAUAUGUGUGUGCUCGUCGGCUAUGGUGCCGAUGGGAUUAACCCGUAUCUUGCUAUGGAAUGCAUUCUUAAGAUGAAUCAACAGGGGCUCAUCAGGAAGAAAUUGACCGAUCAACAAAUCAUUGCCAACUACAAAGCUUCGUGCGAUGGUGGCAUCUUGAAGGUUAUGAGCAAGAUGGGAAUCUCCACUCUGCAGUCUUACAAAGGUGCCCAAAUUUUCGAGGCUCUUGGAAUCGAUGAUACCGUCGUCGACCGUUGCUUUGCUGGCACCGCCACUCGUGUGCGUGGUAUGACUUUCGAACUCAUCGCUCAAGAUGCCUUCUCAUUCCACGAGAAGGGUUAUCCCUCUCGACACGUCAGAGAAAUCCCCGGUUUGGCGGAGUCUGGCGAGUAUCACUGGCGAGAUGGUGGCCAGCCUCACAUCAAUGACCCGGUCAGCAUUGCAAAUAUCCAGGAUGCAGUCAGAACCAAAAAUGACAAAUCAUACGAGGCCUACUCUCUUUCAGAGUACGAGCAGAUCAAGAACUGCACUCUCCGUGGCCUGCUUGAUUUCGACUUCGAGCAGCGUGCGCCUGUCCCGAUUGAUCAGGUUGAGCCGUGGACGGAGAUCGUGCGACGUUUUGUCACUGGUGCCAUGUCUUAUGGUUCCAUCUCGAUGGAGGCACAUUCCACACUUGCCGUAGCCAUGAACCGACUCGGGGGCAAGUCCAAUACCGGUGAAGGCGGCGAAGACCCAGAACGAAGUCUGCAGAUGGAAAACGGUGAUUCCAUGCGCUCUGCCAUUAAACAGAUUGCGUCCGGUCGAUUUGGUGUCACGUCGAACUACCUGGCGGACUCUGACGAGCUUCAGAUCAAGAUGGCCCAAGGUGCAAAGCCUGGCGAAGGAGGUGAGUUGCCGGGCCACAAGGUCUCCGAGCCGAUUGCCCGCACUCGACAUUCUACUCCUGGUGUUGGUCUCAUCUCUCCACCGCCCCACCACGAUAUCUACUCGAUCGAAGAUCUCAAGCAGUUGAUCUACGAUCUCAAAUGUUCCAACCCUCGAGCUAGAGUAUCCGUCAAGCUCGUGUCUGAGGUCGGAGUCGGUAUUGUUGCGGCAGGUGUCGCAAAAGCCAAGGCUGACCACAUUUUGAUCUCUGGUCACGACGGCGGUACUGGCGCUUCAAGGUGGACUGGUAUCAAGUAUGCCGGUCUUCCGUGGGAACUUGGUCUUGCUGAGACUCACCAAACCCUGGUGCUGAAUGAUCUCCGAGGUCGUGUCAUCGUACAGACUGACGGCCAGAUCCGGACUGGUCGCGACGUUGCGAUUGCUUGCCUGCUCGGUGCCGAGGAAUGGGGUUUUGCCACAACACCUUUGAUUGCCAUGGGCUGUAUUAUGAUGCGCAAGUGCCAUUUGAAUACCUGUCCGGUUGGUAUCGCUACCCAAGACCCUCUGCUCCGAAAGAAGUUCGAAGGUCAUCCUGAGCAUGUCAUCAACUUCUUCUACUACAUAGCGAACGAACUACGUGCAAUCAUGGCCCAACUCGGAUUGAGGACGGUCAAUGAGAUGGUUGGACGUGCGGAGCUGCUGAAGGUGCGCGAAGAUCUUCGCACGGACAAAACCCAGAAUAUCGAUCUUUCUCUCAUUCUAACGCCGGCGCACUCCAUCCGGCCCGGCGUUGCGACUUACAACGUCCGAAAGCAAGAUCACAAAUUGCACACUCGCUUGGACAAUAAGCUCAUUUCUGAAUCCGAGCUUGCUCUGGAGAAGGGCUUACCGUGUCGCAUCGAGACGGACAUUGUCAACACCGACCGUGCACUAGGCGCCACGUUGUCAUACCAGAUCAGCAAACGCUAUGGCGAAGCCGGUCUCCCUCAAGACACCAUUCACGUCAACAUCCGAGGCUCUGCCGGUCAAUCAUUCGGUGCUUAUCUCGCGCCAGGCGUUACCCUCGAGCUGGAAGGUGAUGCCAAUGACUACGUUGGCAAAGGUCUGUCAGGCGGCCGUCUAAUAAUCUACCCUCCUCGUAGUGCUGUUUUCAAAGCCGAGGAGAACAUCCUGAUUGGGAACGUCUGUCUCUAUGGUGCCACAAGUGGUACGUGCUAUUUCAGAGGUGUCGCUGCCGAGCGCUUCGCAGUGCGGAACUCGGGCGCCAAUGCGGUUGUCGAAGGUGUGGGUGACCACGGUUGUGAGUAUAUGACCGGUGGUCGUGUUGUCAUCCUUGGUGGCACCGGCCGUAAUUUCGCAGCCGGCAUGUCGGGCGGGAUCGCGUACGUUCUCGACAUGAAUCAAGACUUCCACUCCAAGAUCAACAUGGAAAUGGUGGAAGUCUCUGGCGUCGAAACACCCGAGGAAAUUGCGUUCCUACGAGGUAUGAUCGAGGACCAUCACCACUAUACAGGAUCGGAACUGGCAGCUCGUAUCCUGCUCGAAUUCAAUCGUGCCCUCCCGCGCUUCGUCAAAAUCCUGCCCACCGAUUACAAGAGGGUGUUGGCGGAGCAGGCCGCGAAGGCAGAAGAGGCAAAGAAAGCAGAAUACCCUCUGCCAAUUCUGCCAGGCAACCCUGUCCGCAACCUUCAUCAAGAACAGCGCGAAAUCACUGCCGAGAAAGAGGCCAAGGAGAAGAAGGCGAACAUGCUCGACAUCGAGGAGGGUGUCAAUGGUGAUGCAGAUCAGGCCAAGCACAAGGCUGCUUUGGUUCUUGAUAAGACUCGCGGUUUUAUGAAAUAUUCUCGUCGAAGCGAGAAAUACCGCAACGCGAAGACCCGAGUCAAGGACUGGGCCGAGCUCAAUUCGCGUCUGAAUGAAGAUGAACUGAAAUAUCAGUCUGCUCGAUGCAUGGACUGUGGUGUCCCGUUCUGCCAGUCAGACACUGGAUGUCCCAUCUCCAACAUCAUACCGAAAUGGAACGAAUUGGUCUUUCAAGAUCAGUGGAAGGAUGCUCUCAACCGCCUACUGAUGACCAACAAUUUCCCCGAGUUCACUGGCCGUGUCUGCCCUGCUCCUUGCGAAGGAGCUUGCGUGUUGGGUAUCAACGAAGACCCAGUGGGUAUCAAGACCAUUGAAUGCGCCAUCAUCGACAAAGGAUUCGAGAUGGGCUGGAUGGUGCCUAACCCACCAACAGAACGAACCGGCAAGAAGGUUGCUAUCAUUGGUUCUGGCCCAGCAGGUCUCGCUGCGGCCGACCAGCUUAACCGUGUCGGCCAUACUGUCACGGUUUACGAGAAGUCCGAUCGCGUUGGCGGCUUACUGAUGUACGGCAUCCCCAACAUGAAACUCGACAAGCGAAUUGUUCAACGACGAGUUGAUCUCAUGGCCGACGAGGGCGUCAAAUUCGAGACCGGGGUCAUGGUAGGUCCAGGCGAGAAGGUUAGUCUCGAGUCGCUGCGCCAAAGCAACGACGCGGUUGUCAUCUCCACCGGUGCCCAGGUACCUCGUGACCUCAAGAUCAAGAACCGAGAAGCUGAAGGGAUCCACUUUGCGAUGGAGUUCUUGCACGCCAACACAAAGUCUCUGCUUGACUCGCAGUUGGGUGAUGGUCAUUACAUCACUGCUAAAGAUAAGCACGUUAUUGUCAUCGGCGGCGGAGAUACCGGCAAUGACUGCAUCGGCACGUCCAUCCGACACGGAGCCAAGUCCAUCACCAACUUCGAGCUCUUGCCUCAGCCGCCGCCAGAACGUGCUCGCGACAACCCAUGGCCUCAGUGGCCAAGAAUCUACCGUGUAGACUACGGUCACACAGAAGUCAAGCAACACUACGGGAAAGAUCCUCGUGAAUACUGUGUGAUGACGAAAGAUUUCGUGGUCGAGGAUGGCCGUGUAGUCGGCAUUAACACGACUCGUGUGGAUUGGACAAAAAGUGCAACUGGUGGGUGGGAUAUGAAACCCAGAGAGGGGAGCGAGGAGUACUUCCCAGCUGAUCUGGUGCUUCUCUCCAUGGGUUUCCUUGGUCCCGACGACCGUCUCUUUGAAGGCCAAGUGGAGCUCGAUCCACGCAAGAACAUCAAGACACCAAAGAACAUGUACAACACCAACCUUCCGGGUGUAUUUGCUGCCGGUGACUGCCGGCGUGGCCAAUCUCUCAUUGUGUGGGGUAUCAAUGAAGGUCGUCAAUGUGCUCGGCAGGUGGACAGCUUCCUCAUGGGCACGGGAUCCAUACUUCCCGUAACCGGCGGCAUUAUUCAGCGAGCUCAGCAUGAUGCCGUCCCCACUCCUCAAGAGAAGAAGGCUCACAUGCAGGGCGACAUGGCGCAUACCGCCGAAAACUUUAAGCGUGGUCCAGAGAUCAAAGUCGCUGCAUGA